CCUGGAUCCCGCCCUCCUGGUCAGGGGUUGGUCAGGGAAAUCCUACUCUCGCGCGUGGAUUGGUCGGCUCUCCUCUAGAAGGGGCAAAAUAGCCUCUCUUCACAGACACAAUAAAGUUUGGAGCUGGACGCUUGGAGGCAGACAGUAGGCGCAAAAGCAAACCGCUGUGCGUCGUUGCUGCUGUGGACUUAUCAACGGGAGACAACGCGAGGGGGACUGACGGAUUACCAAGACGCUUUGAUAUCACUGCGCAGGCUUAGGAUGGUUUGAGCCGUGCCACGCGCUUUUAUUUACGCACACACUAUCGCAGGUUUUCGCAUUUCAGGAUUUUUUCCAUGCCUCAGACUUGGAUACUAUAGCGUUCACUACGCACGCGCUCCACUUUGAAAACGUGCCGCGGUUUCCAGGGGCGACCAAACCUAACUUUACGCGAGGAGGAGUGUUUCAACUGUGCCAGAAUUUCACGAAAGGGACACCCGCGCUGAGAGUCGCGGUGUUACACUACACGGGAUGAUGGUGUCACUGUGCGGGGCAGCUCUGCUUCUCCUGUCCGGGCUGGUGGCUCCCCUCCUCGGGGUCCGGGCUUUCGGUGACGAAGUGGAGGAAAUGACCUGCGACCCGAUCCGCAUCAGUAUGUGUCAGGGUCUGGGCUAUAACGUUACCAAGAUGCCCAACUUGGUCGGCAACGUGCUGCAGUCGGACGCGGAGCUGCAGCUGACCACGUUCACGCCGCUCAUACAGUACGGCUGCUCCAGCCAACUCAAGGUAAAGCAGUGGUGGAGUGUGGUGUGGAGUGUGACACACUUACUGACUGCAUUCUGAUGUUAGAAUAGAUCAGGCUGUGUGAUAUUAAAAGGCUGGAACAUGCGUAAAUUUAGGAACACUGAUCCUGGACUCUAAAGGCCUGGGCCCAGAUAGUCUGCUAUAUUUAUGAGUUUGUGUGUGUGUGUGAGUGGGGUUAGGUAGGAACAGUGUGGUCCCAGAGCACAUGACAGAGAGCUACUGGCAAUAGUUGAACAGUUCAGACUGAUGGUGCCCUUGAUAAUGAGCAGCAUAAUAUAGUGGGGGACUGACCUCCAGAGAGUUAAAAUAAGUGCAGUACAGUCGUUCUUCCUUCCUGUUGUGUCAGGCUGUCAUGCUAAUUUCUCUGAAAAAGCCUCCUCUGUGUGUUGACAUUCUGAGUUCAUGCCCCACACAGCAACAGCUGAGUCUUCACAGCUAUAUACUGUACUAUCUCUUUGCUUACAAUGUGCCUUCAGUGUCCUGGGACAAAUGCUGCUUGUUUGACUCAUGUACUGUGGAAGAAAUAGGUUAGUCCUCUUGAUUGGUAGUAAAAAUUCAUUUCAGGUUAUAGCUAGUAAAGGUUUGUGUUUGGAGGUUUGUGUGGGUCUACCUAUUUUGCAUAUUUUUUUAAUUGAAUAGCCAGUUUUUCACACAUCUCCCUAAGUGAGUUUCCCAGAUGUGUCUACAAAGACUUUUUGUGUUGAUGUAUUAGGGAAAAGGAGUUAAAAUACUCUGUCAUGCCUUAUUAACACACUGCCUUAAGUAAUUUGUGUGUCUAUGUGUGACAGCAAAAGAGCAAGCGCUUACACAAAACCAAACUGUCCUGCAGCUGAGAAAGGUCCUGUAAUAUUAGCUGACACUCCCCCCCCCCCCCCCUUUCUGUUUCUGUCUUACACAUACACACAUAUUCACACACACACACCCUAAAUAGGGAGGAAGGGGGAAAGGGAGAGCGUAUCCCCUAACAUUUGCCCUAAUGGGAGGCUUCCUGACGGGUAACCAGAGCAGCUUUUAGCCGUGAAGUGACAGCACUCGGGUUACCAACGGCCGGGGAAAACACCCAGAAUGUGUUCCAGUACUGGCUCAUCAUGAGAACUAUAGAAGUACUUUUGCAUCUGCAUUUAACCUUUGCUCUGUUUGUUAAAAAAUCCACCAAUCCACAGAAAAAAACAAGUUAUUUUUAUCUUCUUAUUUUUCCCAGCACCUUGAGUUUGUGGUUUCGCUUUGUGCACAAAAGAUUCUCUAUUUGUUGUGAGAAACUUUAUUCCGCCUCCAGAUCUGCAAGUUGGCUCCAUUUGCGGAGAUAAAGCUGCAGUACAACCCAGAUACUUAUCAGACAGCAGUGUAACAUAUUGAAUUUUGAGUUCCCAUUCAGUUAGAUAAGUGAUUUAGACAUUACAUACACAGACUGUAACUAAACCAGUAGCCUGCAGAUAUGCAACUACACAGUAGCUCUGAAUAUUAUUCUCAAGUUCUUGUGCAAUACCCUAUCCAGGCACAAAAAGUGAAUUCCUGGUAUAAAUGUGUGGAUGCGCCUCUUUUUCACAGUGGAAGAGUUGUAUAAAGUUUCUGUGUUUAUUUAUUUCCCAACCUUGACACCCUUCUUGGCUUCAAGUUUCAUUUGGCUGUGUUCGAGGCUCGAUUUCAAGCUGAGUUAUCGCUAUCAUUUCAUCAACGCUGCAGGCCCAAACCAUUUCACCCUUAUUAGAGACCAUUUAAGAAAUUUGGCAUUUUUAAAACGAGAAGGGCCAGCAAAGGCUCCAAAGUCUAACACAUUAUAGUAUUUAAAGUCUGCCAUCACCCUGUCCAAGCUCUUUGGAAUGCAUUUUUCUUUCCUUUUUGCCUGAAGGUAACUAAGUGAAAUUCACUCUCUGCUUCUGUGUAUUUUUCUAUCAUGAGCCUGGCACAAUUUUACACUCGAGCUUGGACUGAUUCUACCCCAAAAGCAUGAAAUCACUUAAAAUUGAAACCUUUCAUAACCCCUGAAAUCUUCCACACUUACAUCACCACCACCUCGAGCAGUUGACUGUGACACCAGACAGCUCACUAUAUCUUUAAAACCACUACUUUGAUAUCUAUUUCCAAACUAAUGCCAUGGGACAGAGAAAACUGAGCCUCGGAUAAGGUGGGAUUAUGGGGAAUUAGAUUGCACAUGCCCUAUGUGUUGUUAUAUUCACUGAUUGUUUUUUAAAGAUACAGUGUUGUAUGUGUAACCUUGGAGCAGGAUGGUGUUUUGACUCCAGUUUUUUUAUUAGAGGUGAUAAUAGAGACCCUCAAUAGAAGAGGUGAUGCAAUGCAUUGAAAGUAAAGGCCAUAAAAAGCAGUAGGAGACGGAUUGGUGCGUGCAAUUAGAUGGAGGUCAAAGUGGUAGCCAUCUACCGGCUGUAACCCUGUAGUAAUAUAUACAGGAAUAAAAACAGCCAACAGUGUAUCACAAUACUGAAUCCACUCUGUACCACUGACAUUGUGUCAUGCCGCCUCUAUGGCUAGCUUUAUAUUGAUAGGAGUAAAGCCCUUGAAUCAGAACACUGAUAUAUGGCAUAAUAUUGGAAAUCUGUUGUAGCAUGUUCACUAUCUGAGCUUAAAUUGUUGUGGGCGUUCAGUCAUUUGCCCUCUUCUUACAUCACUCAUCAAAGUGUUGUCCGUUUAAAAAAAAGAGGAAAAUGUUUCAUCUUGAAUAACCCUGUGUGUAUUUUUUCCCCAGUUCUUCCUGUGUUCAGUCUACGUUCCAAUGUGCACGGACAAAGUGCCCAUCCCCAUUGGUCCAUGUGGAAGCAUGUGUCUGUCCGUCAAGAGAAAGUGCCUCCCAGUGCUACAUGAGUUUGGUUUCAUUUGGCCUGAGGUGAGAAAUACAACUUGAUGCAGUGAUUGAAUAAGAAUAAGGAGUUUACUAAAUGUUUUGUUUAUGAAAGCUAUCAUCUCAUCGUGCCCCUUUCUCCAGGUUCUCAACUGCAGCCUCUUCCCUCCUCAAAACGACCACAACCACAUGUGUAUGGAGGGCCCGGGGGACGAGGACCCGCCCUACCAGCCUGUCCGUCACCCUCCCCACCAGGAGGAAUGUCAGGCUCUGGGAUCUGCACCCGACCAGUACACCUGGUUAAAACAGACAGAGACCUGCACCCUGCAGUGUGGCUAUGACAGUGGGCUCUAUAGACGGGGGGCCAAAGUCUUCACCGAUGCGUGGAUGGCAGUGUGGGCAGUGCUGUGCUUCCUGUCCACUACUCUGACUGUUCUGACCUUUCUGCUGGAUUCACAGCGCUUCUCUUACCCCGAGAGGCCAAUCAUCUUUCUGUCCAUGUGCUGCAAUUUGUACAGUGUUGCCUACCUGGUGAGUGGAGGUUUUAGUAAUAUGAUGUUCAUUUAUAAGAGGAGAAGACAAAAAAAAAGAUAUUUGCUAUAAACUAGUUUUCUGUUCUUAUCUGGAAACGUAUAAUUCAAAUAUCUACAUGUAAAUGGAAAAUCAGACAUUGACCUAACGUUACCUUGUUCUUUCCCUUCUCUUUCGGUGCUCUCGACAACAGGUACGGUUGACUCUAGGAAGGGAGCGUGUUUCCUGUGACCUGGAUGCAACAGCCGUACCAAUUCUUGUCCAAGAAGGCCUGAAGAGCACCGGCUGUGCCAUCGUCUUCCUUCUUCUCUAUUUCUUUGGCAUGGCUUCCUCACUCUGGUGAGUACAAACACUCGUACCCCCUGCGCACUUUAUCCUCUCGCUCCUUCAUCUCUUUGUCCCCUUUGUCAUCCAGUGUUGUGAAUGGAUGUUUGGGGGGGAACAAUUGGAACACGAGACUUGCAUCCUGUUUUCUUUAAAGCCCAACUAUCCUGUCUCAUAACCUCUGUGCUACAUGGAUACAUUUCCACAUACAAAGGCAGCCUUUCAUUGAAUGGGUGCUGACUAAAGUUGCAGAGGAAACACACUUCUGCCACAUUUCUUCUUCCUUUCACUUUGCCCUGGUUUUCCUGUUUGACUUUAUGCUUCCCUUUUGGCAAAGCAAAACACUGAAAACCCAAAGACCUCAUCCAACCCUUAGAUUGUGAUGAUAACAGUCCAUUAUGUCACUUAACACACUCUGAUAUCAGGGGAAAUUAUAUAUGAAGACCAUGCUGGAUACUUUAUAGAAAAGUUUUACACAGGGUAGUUCCAGCAUCAACAGGAACAGUGUGUUUUAGUUCCUCAUUCUUCUCCCUCUCCUGUCCUCAGGUGGGUGAUCCUGACUCUCACCUGGUUCUUGGCUGCUGGACUGAAGUGGGGCCAUGAAGCUAUUGAGAUGCACAGCUCCUACUUCCAUAUAGCAGCCUGGGCCAUCCCGGCAGUAAAAACAAUUGUCAUCCUAAUAAUGAGGCUGGUGGAUGCAGAUGAUCUCACAGGACUCUGCUAUGUUGGCAACCAGCAGCAGGAGGCGCUUACAGGAUUUGUGGUGGCACCUUUGGCCACAUACCUGCUCAUAGGUAAUCACAUGAGUUCUCUUCUACCUGUACUUUCAUCCUUUUUGAAAGUGAAGUCUUUAAAAUGUUCAGACCAUUCGUUUCUUUGUAUUUCUGUCAAUGCUCGUAUUUGCUUGACCCCACAAAUACUAAUCUGGUUUUCUUUCUGCACCACAGGGACUCUCUUCAUCUGUGCUGGCCUUGUGGCUCUCUUCAAGAUCCGCUCCAAUCUGCAAAAGGAUGGUGCCAAAACAGACAAGCUGGAGCGUCUAAUGGUGAAGAUAGGAGUCUUCUCUGUUCUCUACACUGUCCCUGCAUCCACUGUGAUUGGCUGUUACCUCUACCAGCUCUCUAACUGGGGCGAGUUUCGAGCCAGCACUAGGGACUCAUAUGUGGCAUCGGAGAUGCUUAGAAUCUUUAUGUCACUGCUCGUGGGCAUCACAUCAGGCAUGUGGAUUUGGUCAGCAAAAACCCUCCACACCUGGCAGCGCUGCUCUGCCCGCUUGCUAAGGGACAGCAGAGCAGGCAGAGGGGGGAAAAGGGCACCCGGGGAGGGAUGGAUCAAACCAGGGAAAGGAAAUGAGACAGUCGUAUAAGGUCUGUGGCAGAGAGAUCAGACAGAAAUGGACUUAUACCCUGCGUCUCUCGCUCACAGACACUGAACCUGCCGCACAAAGGAAAACAAGAGCUGAAAAUGUGAAGAAUGAAUGCAGCAGUUUCCAAAGAAUCCACUGGAUAUAAUGGCAUCAAAAAAAAGCUUGCUGCCUGACCCUCUCCGGGUGACUCUGUGCCUCUAACAGGUGUUUAAGAGGUGAAAACUGGAGGAUUGGGUCAUACAUGAGUAGCCACGUUGGCCUCUCUACCUCUGUUGGACUUUUGCCCAGAGAAACAGAGAAAGCAAAAAUGAAGGAGAAGGAGAGAUGAGAAAGGCAGAGCAGAAGCAUCAAUUAUGCAGAACAGACACACCAGUAAACUGUGUAGCACCACAUCUACCUCUCUGCCUCUCUUUGCUCCUCAGCAGAACUAACCGAGCCUGCUGGAUAGAGUAACCCGAUACCCCACUGUGUCCUCCGUGGGUCUUGAGAAGGUUUAAAAUUUUACACUGGAGGGUCCUGGGGCAGACAUAACACAGACGAGGGUUUCCUUGAAGCUUCAGACAUUUUUUAGUGUAAGUGCAUUUUUAAUUAUGUCCACACGGCGAAUUGAAAUGACAAAGUAGGCAACCAGACCAAAAGAAAUCUAAAUCUACAGAGCACAUCAAAUACUGCCUUAAAUCUAUAACGUGGAUACUCAAAGUACAGUUUGAUUAACGAUAACCUUUUGUACAAUAUAAACCAGCAGGUGAUGCAAAUGCAUAAAUGUAUUGGUAAUGCAGCUCAAAGCUGUAAUAAUGCACUAUAAUCACACGUUAUGGUGCCUGUCACAAGUGCAUUAACAGGGAGAGCAGUGAUGAAACUAACAACCAGUACAGCACAUAAAUACGCAGUCUUAAACACAACGAGUUUGGUCAGAUUUUUCAUAGCUGCAGCAAAAAGUAGUGUCUUCAGUUUUUUGCUCAAAUGGGUAUAAAUUAAUUCAGAACUUUUAUUUUGAAAGGCAGACACAUAGGUUAGAUCUUCAAACCAAAGUCUGUGAUAGCUUUGAACUUCUACCACGAUGAUUCACGGGUGCCUCCUAGCUGUGCCUUUGAAUGUCAGAGAGGUGAGGCCUGUGGGAAAUGAAGGUCUUUGCUUUUUACCUCAGCAGGAUUUGGGAAGCUCAGCUAAUUUUCAUCGAUGUGUGCAGCCUCUUUGAAAACCGUACUGUACAGUAUAUACUCCUCAGUUGCCAUGAAACCCGGGAAAUUGAAUUAUUCCCUCUGCCUUCUAUUCCAAACGUGGGGCGUAAAACAGAUUGAAGAAUUAUAGGUUGCCAGACAAUCACUUGCCAAAAGACACAUCAUGCAAUAAGGAAGAGCUGUCACAGAGACAUGCACAUAGAUGAAGGUAUACCGAAUAGGAAGUCACUGAUUUCACCCACAACAGCAGAACAUUUUUGAAGGUUUGUGUGCAGUUUUAAGUUUAUAUUUGAUCGGCAUAAAAUUGGCACUGCAGAUAUUUAUCUGUCUGCCUGACGCUCUCCUUGGCUUGCCUAUAUUCUCAUCUGCUGCAUUAUGGCUCAUUUCCCAGACAAUCAUGUCCUCCCAAGAACUAUUGUUCCUAAUUCUUUAUAUGUCAGAUGGCGGAGUUUGUCUUUAUUGUGAAUGUUGUUAAAUUAUGCCUUUCCCAUUAUUUCAAUCAUGCUAUUUCUCUCUGCAGUUGAACAUACUACAUUUGCAAACCCAUUGCUAACAGUUGGUAAAUUCUUGAUCCUGGCUCAUCGACUCUUACUGGUGCAUCCACCAAACCCUAAAUCUAAUCCAUCAUUCAUUUGCCUGACAAUCUGCCAAGGGGAGGUCUUGUCUUUCAGAGAGUCUAUUAAUUUACAAUAUAUGAGUUAUGAAUCGAGCUACGGUUUGUGUAUUUUAGUCAGGCUAGGAGAAAUGUGGGGUCCGGGCAGUUCAAGUUUGGAAUUUGGAGUUGUGCCCUCAAACCAGAUAGUGCCUCCCACAGUCUUUUUCAAGUAUUUUUAGCCCUAAUGUUUAGAAUAAGACAGAAAAACACAGCAGUCGCCCUAUAGCAGUCAAGAAACUUUCAGUGGUUGUGGUGAAACCAAAAACCACAAAAGCCCAGUUUUCUCAAAGCAGCAUGCCACAGCAAACUUAUUACAUUUCUAAAGUCAAACAAACAUCACACUGACUCAAAGUGAAUUAAGUUAACCCCUGACCACCUCCCCUCUGAGCUAAUGCAGUUUCCCCGCCCAAACUUUUUAAGUAUGUUGGCUUUCUGCUCUUGUGUGACCGUGCUGAGCUUCAGGUGACAUUUCCAAACAAUCACUGCAUAGUUGUGGCUUUAAACAUGGUCAGUGUGUGCCACAGCUUAAUGGAGAUUGAGAACCACUGGUUUUACAGAUGAUGGAAAUGCCUUGGGUAAGCCCAAAUGUGAAUCUGUGGUAGGGUUGUUGAUUGUAGCCUCCAAGGUGUAAUCUGUUGCUCUGUGCAGGAAAACAUGUCAUUGUGUUGAUGAUGUCAUUAGUGUAUUAUAAAGAAGUUGCUAAUUUAUCCUUGUAAAAAUUUGACAAAACUCUUAAACUUGUUAUUUAAAACACUUUUGUAUCAGAAGAUGAUGAAUAAAAUCUUUUUUUGGUUUCCAUAA